AUGUGCGAACUGUACUGUAAGCAGGACACCCUGGCGCUGAGGAAGAAACAUAUCGGGCCAUCAUGUAAAGUUUUCUUUGCUGAGGAUCCCAUCAAAAUAGUACGAGCCCAGAGGCAGUACAUGUUUGACGAGAAAGGCGAUCAGUACUUGGACUGCAUCAGCAAUGUUGCCCAUGUGGGACACUGUCACCCGGAAGUGGUCAAAGCUGCCUUGAAACAGAUGAAACUGCUAAAUACAAACUCUCGGUUCCUCCACGACAGCCUUGUUGAGUAUGCCAAGCGCCUUUCAGCAACCCUGCCAGAGAAACUCUCUGUUUGCUAUUUUACAAAUUCAGGAUCUGAAGCCAAUGACUUAGCCUUGCGCCUGGCUCGACAGUACAGAGGCCACCAAGAUGUGAUCACUCUUGACCAUGCUUAUCAUGGUCACCUAUCAUCUUUAAUUGAGAUCAGUCCAUAUAAAUUUCAAAAAGGCAAAGAUGUCAAGAAAGAAUUUGUACAUGUGGCACCACAUCCAGAUACUUACAGAGGAAAAUACCGGGAAAACCAUGCAGACCCAGCUAGUGCUUAUGCAAAUGAGGUGAAGAAAAUUGUUGAAGACAUUCAUAACAGUGGAAGGAAGAUCGCUGCCUUUAUUGCUGAAUCCAUGCAGAGUUGUGGCGGACAAAUAAUUCCUCCAGCAGGCUACUUCCAGAAAGUGGCAGAAUAUGUACAUGGAGCAGGGGGUGUAUUUAUAGCUGAUGAAGUUCAAGUUGGCUUUGGCCGAGUUGGAAAACAUUUCUGGAGCUUCCAAAUGCAUGGCGAAGACUUUGUUCCUGACAUUGUCACAAUGGGAAAACCAAUGGGCAAUGGCCACCCAGUGGCAUGUGUAGUAACAACCAAAGAAAUUGCAGAAGCCUUCAGCAGCUCUGGAAUGGAGUAUUUCAAUACGUAUGGGGGAAAUCCAGUAUCAUGUGCUGUUGGUCUGGCUGUCCUGGAUAUCAUUGAAAAUGAAGACCUUCAAGGAAAUGCCACCAGAGUAGGGAAUUAUCUUAUUGAGUUACUGAAUGAACAGAAAGCUAAGCAUACUUUGAUAGGAGAUAUCAGAGGUGUUGGCCUUUUUAUUGGGAUUGACUUAGUGAAAGACCAGCAGAAAAGGACCCCUGCCACAGCUGAAGCUCAACACGUCAUCUACAAGAUGAAAGAAAAGCGAGUUCUUCUUAGUGCUGAUGGACCUCAUAGAAAUGUGCUUAAAAUAAAACCACCUAUGUGCUUCACUGAAGAAGAUGCAAAGUUUAUGGUGGAACAACUUGAUGAGAUUCUAAGAGUUUUAGAAGAAGCCACCAGCGACAAAAGUGAAAAUGUCAUCUCUGAAGAGACUCUAUGCAGAACAAAGAUGCCUAAAAAUGUACACUUGGAAUUGUCUAGUGACAAUUCCAUAGACACCAAAGAAAAUUCCAGCAGAAAGAGAAAUGGAUUGUGCAUAGAUGAGCAUUCACUGCUCAGUAAGAGGUUUGAAUGA